AUGGUUACUUUUCUGCAGGGCCACGCACGAGUUCUGCAAGCUAUUGCUCCUACCACCCAACUUCGCUCUCGUGAUACAAAAUUAAAGCCUCAACCUAAUUUCUCGACUCUGCAUGUCGCACAAUCGUCAGCAAACGAAUCAACGGUUACACGAAAAUGUUUACAAUGCGGAGGGGACCACCAUCUGCAUCAGUGCUACAAAUUCCGCAAGCUUUCGCCCAGGCAGCGGUUCGAAUUCGUGAAGCAACAUCACCUAUGCUUGAAUUGCAUGAAAACGUCAAAUCAUGGUUGCAAGGACUGUUCUUCAGAUGGGUGUCGCAAAUGUAAAAAACGUCAUCACACACUCAUUCAUCUACCGCCGCUGGAACCUAUUGAUCAGACCAACAGCUCUAUAACAUCCACUUUCACUGGUCAAGCUGAUUCCGCUCAAAAUUUCACAACGCAACCCAGCACCAUCUCGCCAAAUUCGUACACAACAUUGGUAGCAACCAAUCAGUCUGUAUUGGAGCCAGUUAUAUCCUCGAUGCCUUCGUCUCAGUCACAUACGAACCCACCCUCCGGUCUCGCGGCUCACUCGACGAAGCUUCCCAGCGAAACUGUUUUGCUGUCUACUGCACAGAUCUACCUCGACGACUGUAACGGAGCGAAGGUCAUUGCUCGAGUCUUACUGGAUAGUUGUUCGCAGUUCAAUCUCAUGACGGAAUCAUUCCAUAAGAAGCUGAAACUGCCUCUUUUACCAGAACACGUCAACCUUGGCGGCGUGGGUCAAAUUGUGACAUCAAUUUCGAAGGCAGUUAAACCACAAUUACCUCCCGGCUGGUCUCCCACAGAGAAGCAGUGCGAACGCCAUUUCAUAAAUAAUGUGACUCGCAAUGAGCAGGGUAGAUAUGUUGUUCGCCUUCCAAUGAAGCAUGAGCUCUUACCUCGUCUACGAGACAAUCGCUUCAACGCACAGCGUCGAUUUUUAGCCCUUGAACGGAAUCUUGACGCGAAUCCUGCAUUUCGGACACAGUACGAGGAAUUUAUUCACGAGUAUCUGAGCUUAGGCCACAUGCGGGAAGUUACAUCGGAAGAAAUGGCAGCCGAAAAUCACGAUCUCCCGCGAUACUACCUGCCGCAUCAUGCAAUCAUUCGGCCUGAAAGCACCACCACAAAACUUCGAACUGUCUUCGAUGCCUCCUGUAAGAGCUGCUCUGGACUUUCGCUGAACGACGUUUUAUUUGCUGGGCCCAUCAUCCAAGAUUCGCUGUUGUCCAUCGCUCUACGCUUCCGUAUACAUGCUUUCGUAAUCACUGGGGACAUCGCAAAAAUGUACCGCCAGAUUCUCGUACAUCCAGCAGAUCAGCCGCUUCAACGAAUCUUUUGGCGAGAAAAGCGGUCGGAUUCGCUGAAAACGUAUUCAAAUUCUGCCCCGUUCCUCGCUACCCGAGUAUUGCAGCAGCUCGCAGAGGAUGAAAAUGAACAUUAUCCUCUGGCAGCAUCGGUUAUCCAGAAGGAUCUAUAUAUGGACGAUUUGCUCACGGGUCGCGACGAUUUGGAAGAGCUAAAGAUCCUUUGCAAUCAGUUACAGCAGAUCUUUGGGAAUGCUGGGAUGCAACUUCGUAAGAUGUCCUCGAAUCAUCGAGAAAUACUCAACUCUAUCCCCGAGGAGUGUAGAGAAACAAAAACUCUCGUCGAAUUCGACUCCGAUGCUCCAAUUAAAACCCUAGGUUUACUCUGGGAACCUUCGUCCGAUUCAAUCCUCUACAAGCUCCCAAAGUUUGUGUCCGGGGAUCCAGCAGAUGGUAGUGAAGGGUUCAGUUUCGAGUUCGAUGGCCUGGAUGAAGUGUUGACGAAAUUGGUGGUUCUGGAGUGCGUGGAGCACCACGAAUCCUCGGGUUUUUGGGCCUGGACCUGGGCGAUGGCUGCUGCUUUGGCAGAGAACACCAAGCAUUCAGGCGGAAGCCGGAGAGGAAAGCCGUUUUGGCCGUUGCUAAUUCCGACUCCCACUUCUCCGUCGGUGUAG